UGGAGCUCUGUACAGACUGUAGUUAUGGCUCAAUGGAUGAAAUAUACAAUACUUUUAUUGACUGCUGUUCUGCGUGUAUGUUUAUCUACUGUAACGGGCAUGAGACGGGAGUUCACAGAGGCACAGGCCUACCUGAGGCGGUUUGGAUAUCUUGAUACUCCACUGAACCCAGAAGCUCACAAUGAUUCCAGUGAGUCCUCUGUGAUUGAGGCUCUCAGUCUCUUUCAGAGGGUGUCAGGGCUUUCAGUCACUGGAAAACUCGACAGGGCUACACUUCUGAAAAUGAGGCAGCCGCGGUGCGGUGUUGAGGACCCAUUCAACCAAAAGUCUUUCAAAUACCGGCGGUUUGGUGGUUUUUGGCAUAAGGAAAACUUAACAUAUCGCAUUAACAACUACACGCCAGAUAUGGGGAAAACCGCGACACAGAUAGCCAUACGCUUUGCAUUUAAGUACUGGAGUGAUGUCACUCCACUCAACUUUAAAGAGGUUGACUAUGGGCAUGCUGAUAUUAGGAUCUCAUUUCACAAAAGAGAUGGCUGUCCCUCACCGUUUGAUGGCCCUGGUCAUGUUCUGGCCCACGCGGAGGCCCCCCCAUCAGGAAUAGUUCACUUUGAUGAAGAUGAAUUCUGGACGGAGGGGAAGUAUUAUGGCUCUAAUCUGCGCAUUGUCGCCGCUCAUGAGAUCGGUCAUGCUCUUGGACUGGGCCACUCUCAGUACAGCAAUGCCCUUAUGGCAGCACACUACACUGGUUACCAGGUCAACUUUAGACUGCACAUUGAUGAUAUCAGAGGAAUCCAAGCCAUAUAUGGUAAAAGGGCCUUGAGUACAAAGACUGCUGAUGAUAUCAAUGAUGUAGCAAAUCACACUACCAUGGCUCCCUUUCCCAGGGUUGACAAGUCAGAUCCAUGCAAUGCUAAACUCGAUGCAAUUAUUCUGGGUCCCUGGCGUAAAACAUAUGCCUUCAGUGGAGAUUAUGUGUGGACAGUAACAGAUAUAGGCCAUUACCCUCCAGUUAAGAUAAGUCUACUGUGGAAUGGGCUACUAGGAAACCUAAAUGCAGCUGUAUAUUCCCCAAAAACCAACAAGACGUACUUCUUUAAAGGGGAGAAAGUCUGGAGAUACACAAAUUUCCGUCUGGAUUAUGGAUACCCCAAACUACUGAAGAGAAUCCCUGCCAACAUUGAUGCUGCUUUAUAUUAUGAAAAGAACAAGAAAAUAUUCUUCUUUAAGGGCUCAGGUUAUUGGCAGUGGGAUGAAAUGGUUUAUAAUGACCUCAGUAUUUAUCCCAAACCCAUUUCUCAACUGUUCACUGGUGUUCCAUCUAGUCUUGAUGCAGCACUUACAUGGACCAAUGGCAAGAUCUAUUUUUUCAAGGGAGACUGGUACUGGCGUGUGAACGAGCAACUAAGUGUUGAUUCAGGGUACCCACUGAGCAAACGUUUGCGUUGGAUGAAGUGCAACUGAUCUGGACCAGAGAGUACUUUCACCUCACAGACAUAAUUAUCAUCAUGUUUCUUAUACAACAGCUGAUGCGUAUGUUCCUUGAUUAAGACAGGAGGAGACUGAAGCUAAUUUUUGUCAGUUUAUGUUAAAUCUGUGAAGAUGGCGUAAAGACAGCAGCAGAUUUUCAGCUACAUUGUGAAUACAUAAGAAAGCUGAAUUCAUUUGAGUAUCUGCAUCAUGCCUGUCAUAAAUUCAGUUUGGAUGUCUCAUGUACAGUAAUAUGAUUUUUUUUUUUUUUAAACAAUAUGUAGAAAUUUGCAGGUGUUGGGAUUAAAAAGUCAAUACAAUGAGUCUACAAUUAUAUGCUCUUGUGGAACUGUUAAUGCAUUACUUUAGUAUACAGAUGGAUAUUGAAACUUUAAUAAGUUACGAAUUGAAUUCGAACAUUUGAAUUUAAACAUUGUACCGCAUUAUUUAAAUGUUACACAGGAGACUGAUAAAGUUUCAUUUUCACAAACGACAGCAGGGUUACAUUUAGUUGUUCCUCAAACACUUGGGAACCAUGCUUUUGUAACAGCCAUAUUUUGGCUCUGAUCAUUGACUACUUUUGUUCCUUUUUUUUUUUUU